GUUGAAACGUGAACACAUGUUAACAAAAAAAACACCGGCAUAGCAAUAUACAAUUCAUAGACAGCCAACAUGAGAGAUACGCCGUUAUCAAACUGCGAGCGGGACUUUUUACUCAAAGCCAUUCAAGAAAAAAAGCGCUUGGAUGGGAGACAGACCUAUGACUACAGGAGCAUCAAGAUCUCGUUCGGGACAGAUUAUGGAUGCUGCUUUGUUGACCUGGGGAAGACGAGAAUCAUGGCCCAGGUGUCCUGUGAGCUCAUUACUCCGAAAGAGAACCGACCAAAUGAAGGACUCAUUUUCUUCAACAUUGAGCUGUCUCCCAUGGCUUCUCCAGCAUUUGAGAUGGGCAGGCAGUCAGAGCUGUUGGUGAAGCUGAACAGACAGCUGGAGAGAUGCCUCAGGAACUCCAAGUGUAUAGACACAGAGUCUCUGUGUGUGGUGUCUGGAGAGAAGGUGUGGCAGAUUAGGGUGGACGUCCACUUGCUGAACCACGAUGGUAACCUAAUGGACGCUGCCAGCAUUGCUGCCAUCGCGGCCCUCUGUCACUUCAGACGGCCCGAUGUGGGCAUCCAGGGAGAGGAAGUCACUGUGUACAGUACAGAGGAGAGAGACCCCAUUCCCCUCAGCAUCUACCACAUGCCCAUCUGUGUCAGUUUCGCCUUCUUCCAACAAGGGUAGGUCCCUGUU